CGCCAAGCAGGCCGACGGGUUGCAACAUUUUAGUCCCGACAAAACGUCAGUAUUGAACUUACAGGAGACCGUUAGGUUCCGCGAGCCGCUGCUAAAGCAGAGCUAACUGUUAGCCGCCUAAACUCCCGCCGUUUGUAGGAAACAAGAGCAAAUUAACGAAGACUCGGAACCACGAAGGAUGCGCGUUUAUUCACCGAGCGACGAAUCACAGCUUAUCCGUGAAGUGUCUGUGUUUAUUUCCAGCAGAGGAAGUUAAUGAACAACAUUUUAGUUCAAACUGAGACACAAACCAACCAAACAAGCGGAGCGUUUUCCUCUCCACGCCACCAUGAGUCAGCGGACAGAGCGGCGGGGCAUCCACGUCGACCAGUCGGACCUCCUGUGCAAAAAAGGAUGCGGUUACUACGGCAACGCCGCAUGGCAGGGCCUGUGCUCCAAGUGCUGGCGGGAGGAGUACCAGCGGGUCCGGCAGAAGCAGAUCCAGGAUGACUGGGCCUUGGCGGAAAAGUUGCAGAGAGAGGAGGAGGAGGCGUACGCCAGCAGCCACGUGGCGCACGGCUCGGCCGCCGCAGGUCACGCCGCAGGUCACACCGCGCUCGCCCCGUUCUCAAAGUUUGAGGAGAAGAAAACCAACGAGAAAACUCGCAAAGUGACAACGGUGAAGAAGUUCUUCAGCCCUUCGUCUCGAACCGCCGCUAAGAAAGAGCCUCUGGAGGGAAAAUCAGCGUCUCCGUCCAUCAGCCGCCGCGCCAGCUUUGACGCCGACCAGGUGUCCAAAGACUUUGUGGAGUUCUUGAAGAACCUUCACAAACCCGGCAGAGAGAUCCAUAAGCAGUGCCGGGCCUUCCUGGUCAGCAUGUCCAACAAGAAGGACCUGGGAGCAGAGGAGCUGUCGGAGUGCGUUCAGGAUUUCUACCAGAGUUUGGCUGACCGCCUCAUGAGCCACUUUAAAGGGUCGUCAGAGUCGGUGGAUCAGGUGAUGGACCAGGUGGAAAAAUACAUCAUGACCCGCCUGUACAAGAGUGUCUUCUGCCCAGAAACCACGGAUGACGAGAAGAAGGACCUGGCAACCCAGGACCGGAUCAGGGCGUUGCACUGGGUCACCGUCCAGAUGCUGUGUGUGUCCAUGGAGGAAGAAACGGCCGAAGUGUCAGAGAACGUGGUUAGAGCCAUAACAGACAUCAUCGAGAUGGACUCGAAGCGCGUUCCGCGGGACAAGCUGGCCUGCAUCACUCGAUGCAGCAAACACAUCUUCAGCGCCAUCAGGAUCACCAAGAACGAGCCGGCGUCCGCCGACGACUUCCUGCCGGCACUCAUCUACAUCGUGCUGAAGGCCAACCCGCCGCGGCUGCAGUCCAACAUCCAGUACAUCACCCGCUUCUGCAACCCGAGCCGGCUGAUGACCGGAGAGGACGGAUACUACUUCACCAACCUGUGCUGCGCCGUGGCCUUCAUCGAGAAGCUGGACGCUCAGUCUCUCAACCUUUCCCCAGACGAGUUUGCCCACAUGUCAGGUCACGCCUCGCCCCUGCAGCGUUCGGAGGACGGACGGCCCGACGGCGGACCCGGAGUCAGCGGCGCCGCCGGCCCGGUCCUGGCCCGGCUGAGCCACAACCUGCAGCUGCUGUCGGGCCUGAGCGCCAGGCAGGAGGCCGUGACGGCGGCGGCGCUCAGCCUGCAGGCCGACCUCCUGACCUGGACCGACGGCACGGCAGACGUCCGCCACAUCUUGGACAGGUAUCCUCUGGACGCCAAGGCCUCCAAGGCUUCGGCCAUCGACGCCAGCGGCGUGGACGGCGAGAACCUGCUGGCGCCCAUCAAGCCCCACAUGUUUGUCGGCUAGAGAGGA